UGGAAACGUAAAUGUUCAACUUUUCCGUACGAUUAAAAAUUUACUGCCUUCUGAUUGGCUAACAGACAAACGGAAUUUUUGAUCACGCCGCGCCGUCUUAUUGCGGUAUUUCCGAAAAUCGUUUUUGUGUUUUCGUAUGGUAUUUACACGUAACGGGGCGGAAAGAAAGGAGGGCAAGAUCACGUUCUAGGUGGAGCGGUACCCAGCCCUGGUCACUCCCUGGCUACGGUCCUAUGUAUUAGUCCUUAAGACCGCUUUGACACGGGAAUGCAGUCGCCCGCAGACUGGUAUCUUGGAUACACCUGUAACAUUGUGUACUAUGGAGCUGUUCGGUGAUUUUACGACUGUGGGAGACUGAUGAGCUACAUGGGGUUCAUAUGGAACCGUAUAAGGGUUGGAGUGAUCCCUUUCGGUCGUCUUCUCGCACGAAAACGUGAGCAGGUAGCAACAGAUGGACGAAAAUUGUUGGCUUUCUAUGUUUUCUUGCUUGGGAUGACCGGAAAUCUUCGAAGGAGAUAAGUUUUAUACUUCUCUUAUACGUUUGUGAGCAGAUUACGAAAAAAGGUACCAUGGAAGCAACCGUGAAGGAGAAAAAGAAAAAGAAAUCCAAGUCGAUAGGAGAAAUUCAGAAAUCGAACGACUUCCACUUGGAAUCCUCGACGAAAAUCGCCCAAUUGGACACCUCGAAAUGGCCGCUGCUGCUGAAGCACUUCGAUCGGCUGAACGUUCGCACGAACCACUACACGCCGCUACCGUUCGGCGCGUCGCCACUCAAACGCGAUAUCGCCGAGUACCUCCACGCCGGCUGCAUCAACCUCGACAAGCCGAGCAAUCCGAGCAGUCACGAGGUGGUCGCGUGGAUCAAGCGUAUACUCAAGGUGGAAAAGACGGGCCACUCGGGCACGCUCGACCCCAAAGUGACAGGUUGCCUGAUCGUGUGCAUCGAUCGCGCGACUCGCCUGGUCAAAUCUCAGCAGGGAGCCGGCAAGGAGUACGUUGCCGUCUUCAAGUUGCAUUCGGAAUGCGAAGGCGGAAUUCCGCGCGUCAUUCAAGGACUCGAGAAGUUGAGGGGGGCGCUGUUUCAGAGGCCUCCCCUGAUCUCGGCAGUUAAGCGACAGCUUAGAGUUAGGACGGUUUACGACAGUAAACUGCUGGACUAUGACGAAAGUCGAAAUAUGGGCGUGUUUUGGGUGAGUUGCGAGGCCGGGUCCUACAUACGGACGAUGUGCGUUCAUUUGGGACUGGUGGUCGGCGUUGGCGGGCAGAUGUUGGAGUUGCGACGCGUACGUUCGGGUAUACAAAGCGAGUACGACAGUAUGGUCACCAUGCACGACAUUCUCGACGCCCAGUGGCUGUACGACAAUCACAAGGACGAGACGUAUUUGCGUCGAGUGAUUAGGCCCUUGGAAAGUCUGUUGGUGGGGCACAAGCGGAUUAUUAUGAAAGACAGCUCGGUCAAUGCGGUCUGUUACGGUGCUAAAAUCCUACUGCCCGGCAUUCUGAGGUACGAGGACGGCAUCGAGUUGCAUCAGGAGAUUGUGAUUGUCACGACGAAAGGGGAGGCCAUCGCGCUGGCGGUCGCGCUCAUGACCACGUCCACAAUUGCCAGUUGCGAUCACGGCAUCGUGGCGAAAAUUAAGCGCGUGAUCAUGGAAAGAGACACCUACCCGCGUAAAUGGGGGUUGGGUCCUCGAGCCAGCAAAAAGAAGUCUCUUAUCGCCGAAGGUUUGCUGGAUAAGUACGGCAAACCUAACGAAAAUACGCCCACCGAAUGGUUGACCAGCUACGUGGACUACUCUGCGCAAGCCGCUGCCGCAACGGUACCAGUAAUCAAAAAGGAAGAGGUCACCGAGGAAACCAGCAAGAAGCGGAAGAUAAGUGCUACUCUAGACUCGUCUGCGAACGCGGACAUUGACACGACAAUGGAGACGAGUACACACAAAGAGAAGAAGAAGAAAAAGAAGAAGGUGAAGACGGAGCCCGAAGAAGAGGUUGCCGCGCCCGCGGAAACUGCAGAGCAGGAGGUCGAGCAACCCAAAAAAGAGAAAAAGAAGAAGAAGAAGAAAGACAAAGUAGAGGAAGAUGAGGGUUGAAAAAUGUUUUUAAGAUUUUACCACAAAUUAGGUUUAAGUUAGAUAGGUUUAACGGAUGGAGCGGGGCAUCUGAAGCCCGCCUUUUACAAAGUUGAUGUUCCAUUAAUUUUUGUAUAAUUUUUCUUGUAAACCUCAGAUGAAGGUUAAUUUUCUACUAUGUCAGAAG